AUGGCCAGAAGAAAUAGAAAGGAUGUCGACGAAGAAGUCGAAUUGGAUGAAGUAGACGCUUUCAAUGUAAAUAGAGAAAAAAUACUAUUAAAUGAAGCUGGAGAAUAUGCUCAAGGUAACUAUUCCGAUGAAUCAAGUGAAGAAGAAGUUAUGGCAGUAGAAGAAGCUGAAAGCGAAAGCGAAGAAGAAAAUGAAGGAAGCCAAGGUGAAGAUUUCAGUGAAGUAGAUGAAGAUGAAUUAGCCGCAGAAGAGGACGAGGAAAAAGGUUGGGGAGGAAGACAAAACUACUAUGGAGGAGAUGUUGUCAGUGAUGAAGAAGACGCAAAGCAGAUGACCGAAGAAGCUAUAAGACAACAAAAGAAACACUUGCAGGAGUUAGAUAUGGAUGACUAUGUUGACGAAGAUAUGAUGGAGGGUUGGGAAAAGGCAGCUGAUAAAUAUAACAAUCAAGAAACCAAACAACAGAUAGUUUUAACAACUGAUUCUUCUUAUGAUAAGUUAGAUGAAUCAGAACAACUUAAAUUGCUUAAGCAAUCAUUCCCAGAAUUUGUUCCUUUAUUAAAAGAACUAGGUCAACUAAAACUCAAAUUAGAUGAAUUUCAAACAAGUGAAGCCAACCCAUUAAUCCAAGUUAAAUCAGUUGCCUUAUCUGCUUAUUUAGCUGCAGUCUCAUCCUAUUUCGCUAUAUUUGUUGAUAAUUUACGAAGUGGGGAACCAUUUACCUCUAUGAAAGAUAAUUCAAUUAUGGAAACAAUUUUGAGUACAAGAGAAGUUUGGAGACAAGCUAAUGAGUUGCCUGAUGUUGCCAUUGAAAGGGAUAACGAAGAAGAAAGCGAGGAAUCUGGCGAGGAAAUAUUUGUUGAUGCAAGAGAAGAUAUCAGCGAAGAAGAGGAAGACGAAGAAAUCGACGAAGAAGAAGAAGAAGAAGAAGAAGUUGAGAGCCCGGUUGAGGAUGAUACCAUUGACAUCGAUGUCACCACCAAAAGAACUAUCAGACGAGCUGCAAAGAAUAAAGGUGAUGGUUUCACAGAAGCCGACACUAUUGAUGAUGUUGAUAUGGAAGAUAAACAACGUCGUAAGAAGACUUUGAGAUUCUACACUUCUAAGAUUGAUCAAGCUGCUGCCAAGACUAAUAAGUCUUUCUCUGGUGAUUUGGAUAUUCCAUACAAGGAAAGAUUGUUUGAAAGACAACAGAGAUUGGUAGAAGAAGCAAGAAAGAGAGGAUUGAACAAGCCUGCUGAUCAAGACUAUGACUCCGGAAACGAUGAAGGUGAAGCCGAAGGCGGCGACGAUGGAUACUAUGAAUCUAUCAAGGAAAGUAAAGUUGCAAAGAAGCAAUCUCGUAAGCAAGCACAUGAGAUUGCAGUUAAAGCCGCAAAAGAAGGCAAAUUGGCCGAAGUACAAGAAGUACUUGGUAAAGAUGGAAAGAGAGCCAUUAAUUACCAAAUUCUUAAGAAUAAGGGUCUUACUCCACAUAGAAAGAAGGAAUACAGAAAUGCAAGAGUCAAAAAGAGAAAGCAAUAUGAAACUGCCAAGAAGAAACUUAAGUCUGUUAGGCAAGUUUAUGAUGCAAGUAAUAGAGGUCCAUAUGAAGGUGAAAAGACUGGUAUUAAGAAGGGCUUGUCAAGAUCGGUUAAAUUGGUUUAG